GCACAGUCAAAUUAGACUUCUCAGCGGUGUAUUAAAGAUCAUGACUAAAGGCUAUUGUGGCCAAAGUUAAUAUAAAAAGCCGACCCCAGACACGCUCUGGUCUGCACAUUUCCCCACACUUCAACAUGGCCUGUAACACUCUUGUCGAUAUUACCAAGCUGUCUCCAAAAUUCCAAGAUCUCUAUGCUAAGGCUAAGGAUUUCGUCGAGAAUGAAUGUAUUCCUGCUGAACCUCUUUUCGCUGCACAAAUGGGUCAAGGUGAUCAACGCUGGAAGGUGAUUCCUCCUGUUAUCGAGGAUUUGAAGAAGAAGGCCCGCAGUCUUGGUCUUUGGAAUUUGUUCUUGGGUCGCGAUUAUGCUGAGGGUGCUGGCUUGACCAAUUUGGAAUAUUCAUUGAUCGCUGAACUUACCGGACGUUGCCCACAUCUUGCUCCCGAAUCAAUGAACUGCUCGGCUCCUGAUACUGGUAACAUGGAAGUCUUUGCAAAGUACGGUAACGCAGCUCAAAAGAAGAAGUGGCUGGAACCCCUUCUUCAAGGAAAGAUCCGAUCCGCAUUUGCCAUGACUGAAAAGAGAGUUGCAUCUUCUGAUGCCACCAAUAUUGAAACCAGCAUUGUCAGAAAUGGCAAUGAAUAUGUUAUCAACGGUUUGAAGUGGUGGAUCUCUGGUGCUGGUGACCCUCGUUGCGCAGUCUAUCUUGUCAUGGGCAAGACCGACCCCAACAACAAGAACCCUCACAGACAACAAUCCAUCAUCAUCGUACCAGCAGGUACUCCUGGUGUCACCGUUGUCAGACCUAUGCAUGUCUUUGGCUAUGACGAUGCGCCUGAAGGUCACUGCGAGAUCGUCUUCAAGGACGUCCGCGUCCCUCUUGAGAACAUGGUCUUGGGUGAAGGUCGUGGUUUCGAAAUCAUUCAGGGUCGUCUUGGUCCUGGUCGUAUUCAUCACUGCAUGCGUUCCAUUGGUAUGGCCGAGAGAGCAUUGGAGUACAUGAUGGCUCGUGUUACUGACCCCAGCCGUCGUACUUUCGGUAAAUAUCUUUACGAGCAUGGCACUAUCGUUGCUGAUAUUGCCAAGAGCCGUAUGGACAUUGACCAAGCUAGAUUCAUGGUUCUCAAUGCUGCCAAGAGAAUCGAUGAAGUUAAGGCUAAGGGCGCUAUGAAGGAAAUUGGAAUGGCCAAGGCCAUCGUCCCAACUAUGCUUCUCACGGUCCUUGAUCGUGCCAUGCAAGCUCACGGUGCUGCUGGUAUCAGCCAAGAUUUCCCUCUCGCUCGCUGGUACGCCAGUGGUCGUACUCUCCGUUAUGCUGACGGCCCUGAUGAAGUUCACAUCGCCCAGAUUGGCAAGGUCGAACUUCGCAGAGCCGAAGGUAUCAAGCAGCAAUUCGAGAAGCGCGAUAACGCUUCUGCAAAAUUGCUUGCUGAUAACAAGCCCAAGCUCUAAAGCGCUUUGUACAGUGUUGUUAAUAAAAAUAAAAAAAGAUGUAUUCCAGAGGUGUAACCCAUCCAUACAAAA